GAUUGUCGCUGGAGUGGCGCCUCGCCUCGCCUCGCCCCGCCCCGCCCAUCAUCCAGUAAUUAUCUUGCUUCAUGUGAUUUGGCACAUGAAGCAAGAUGCCCUGGCAAGGAACGCUGAGCAUCUCGAAAGAAUGACUUUGAAAUGUGCGGCCGGCCAACUUCCGCCACUAGACAGACGCUAUAAAUAAGACAGUCGGUGCUCAGAGCUCAUCGUGGAGAACUCCCCGAAGCAGUCUCGCUCAUCGCAGGGAAGUUCUCAAAGCAGUCUCGCUCAUCGUGGAGAACUCCUCAAAGCAGUCUCGCUCUCGAAACAACAUGAAGACGCUGAUUCUUUUUGCCGGUAAGACGAAAGGGAGGGUUGUUGAUAGCUUUGGGAUGGGCUUUCUGAUGACAAAUGGCAAUUUGCAGGCGCCUGUCUGACGCUGGCCCGCUUGGGUAAGUAAGAUUGUGUCUUGCCAUCAGAGAUGUGUGCUAAACUCCAAAUGCUUUUGAAAGCAAGUGCUUUGCGCCCAUCUUUCAGGCUCCGCUCAACCGACCGUGGCGUGUUACUAUUCAAGCACCUCAGACCAACGGCACGGACACAGACAGUUUCAUAUUGAAAGCCUCGCUCCCCUCGUCAAUAAGUGCACUCAGCUGAUCUUUGGCUUUGCCUACAUCGAAUCAGAUUAUACCAUGACGGCCUCACAGGCUGCCGAAGCAAAAUUUCCAGCCUUCAAAGGCCUAAGAAAUGCAAACCUGAAAACCAUUUUGGAGGUCAACUUGAUGCUUCGACCAACCAUAGUCCAAGACAUGCUGGUUGACGCCGCACACAGGCUGACCUUUAUCCAGUCUGCAAUCAGCUACUUGAGAACACAUGGCUUUGACGGCAUCAACAUCUUGUGGCUGAACGCAAACAACGGCCAAGUGACAAAGACCCAUUACACGUCCUUCGUGCAGGAAUUCCGAGUUAAAAUCAACGCAGAGACAAAUCCAAGUGGACCAGACGCACUACUGCUCACCGCUAGCGUGGCCUCUCGGAUCGUGGACAUCCAGAGGAGCUAUGAUGUCGUGCCUGUGGCCACUGCCGUCGACUUCCUGAACGUGAUGACGUCAGACAUGACCGCGUACUUUGGGCAAAAGACGCCGUCUUUCCAAACGCCGGGAGCCUCCUUCCAGUCGGCCUCCUUCGCAAUGACAUACUGGAAGACGGCGAGCGCGCUACCCGGAAAGCUCAACAUGGGAAUCGGAGUGUUUGGACGCGUUUUCACUUUGGACCCCUCGUGCCAGGUUGAGCCGGUGCAGGGCAGCCUGAGCGAUUUACCCGCCGGCAUUUGGUCCCGUUAUGAGGUGUGCUCUUCCUCCGCUUCAGCAGAUAUUUGGUUUGCCUUUGACAACCAAGAUGACAUUGAUGCAAAGGUGCAAUUCAUUCAAAGCGAAGGCCUUGCCGGAGCCUUUGUCGUGUCUAUGGACCUGGAUGACUUUGACGGAAACUCCUGCACCGACACCAACGAUCUGCACGGACCUUAUGCCGUCACCGAUCGUGUGCACGCCCAAUUAAACACCCCCGUAAACUCCCCCGUAAACCAGCCCGUCUAAUCAAACGUCCAAUCGACGUCCAAUCAAACAUCGAAACGACGGAGGUGGGGCCAACGGCGGCGGCAUCCUCCUUUGGGUUCACAGAAUCGCUUUGACUUCACUUUGCCAACGCUUGCAUCAGAUUGACACACACCAUAGACUUGCUUGUCAAACACAAUCAAUGGGGAAUUUAAUUGGGGACAAAAUGAUAGCUAAGACAAAUCACAAUUUAUGAUUGUCUCUCUGAAGACCCGCGCACAUGUCGACGGCGUCUUCACUCACUGCUGUUGCGGGCCUUGAUCGUCAGGGUUUCUGUAUUGUGUGAAAGGCAAUUCAAUAAAACGCGUCUGACCGCA